GGUGGAGCAGCAGGCAGGAGGCAGGUCAGGGACAGCAGCACACGAGGAAGCGCCGGGACACCGGCGCUGGGACAGCCAGCACAGCCGGUCUCAGCAGCUCCAGACCUUCACCGGUGGGGGGAGGACCAGGAGCAGAAGCAGCCAGAGCUGCAUGGACCUCAGCCAGCACCUGGAGAUCCUGUCGGAGUGAGUCUGCAUCUCCUUCCAGCCCGAAGAGCUCUUCACCCUGCCAAGGGAGAGGACCUCAGUCUCCUAUCAGCACAGCCUAACCCUCCAUGCUGCAGCUGCGUCCUCCAGUGCUGCGCUGAGCGCUGGUGCCCACGGGGCCGGGCAGGAGCCGAGGGAGGCCCUCCAGGUCACACUCAACGAUGUCGCUGUCUGCGCGCCCGCAGCGCCGAGUCCUCGUCGCCAAGAUCAAUAGGAGCCAGUCGUUCGCCGGAGUGAACUCGACAGCGGACCGGCCCUUCAGGAACCUCUCGCCCUUCACGCCCACCGUCUCCCGCAAGACUGGCUCCAGGGUCAGUAGGAUGUUCUCAAUGUCCCACAAAUCCCCACCACCCAAGGUGCCUCAGCCCAACCGCCUGGACGAGGUGUACGAAGCGCUCAAGAAGGGCUUGACAGCCUACCUGGAGGUACACCAGCUGGAACUGGAGAAGCUCAGCACCCAGAUCCGCGAGUCCAAGAGGAAUUCGCGCCUGGGCUUCCUCUACGAUCUGGAUAAGCAAGUGAAGUCCAUUGAGCGCUUCCUGCGUCGCCUGGAGUUUCAUGCUAGCAAGAUCGACGAGCUCUACGAAGCCUACUGCAUCCAGCGGCGGCUCCGCGAUGGGGCCCACAACAUGGUCAAGGCUUACAGCACGGGCUCGCCGGGCAGCCGAGAGGCACGCGAGAGCCUGGCUGAGGCCAGCAAGGGCUACAAGGAGUACACGGAGAACAUGUGCCUGCUGGAGAGCGAGCUGGAGAGCCAGCUGGGCGAGUUCCACGUCCGGAUGAAAGGGCUGGCAGGUUUCGCCCGGCUCUGCGCUGGCGACCAGUACGAGAUCUUCAUGAAGUACGGGCGGCAGCGGUGGAAGCUGCGUGGGCGCAUCGAGGUGAACAGCAAGCAGGUGUGGGACAGCGAGGAGAUGGUUUUCUUGCCUCUCAUCACCGAGUUCCUCUCCAUCAAGGUGACGGAGCUAAAGAGCCUGGCCAACCACGUGGUGGUGGGCAAUGUGUCCUGUGAGACCAAGGACCUCUUUGCAGCUCUCCCCCAGGUGGUGGCUGUGGAUAUCAACGACUUGGGUACCCUCAAACUCAGCCUGGAGGUGACCUGGAACCCCUUCGACAAGGAUGACCAGCCCUCGGCAGCCAGCAGCGUCAACAAGGCCUCCACGGUGAACAAGCGCUUCUCCACCUACAACCAGAGCCCGCCUGACACGCCGUCCCUGCGGGAGCAGGCUUUCUACAACAUGCUGCGGCGCCAGGAGGAGCUGGAGAACGGCACGGCCUGGUCCAUCUCCUCCGAGUCGUCGGACGACUCCUCGAGCCCCCAGCUGUCGGGCAGCGCCCGCCACGCCGCCAAGCCCAUCGUGCAGCCCGAGGUGCAGGCCUCGGCCCCCGCCAUCGAGAUCUCCUUCUCCCAGCAGCAGGAGGAGGCCGGGGCUGGCGGUGGUGUCCCUGCCGGGCCGGCUCUGCCGGAGCACCCGGAGGAGCAGGGCGGCCGCAAGAAGGACCCAGUGGCCAACGGGCACGUGCCCUACGCCCGGACUCUCAGCCACAUCAGCGAAGCCAGCGUGGACGCGAGCAUGGAGACCAAGGCUGUGGAGAGCCUGUGGGAGCCCUCUCCCAGCCCAGAGGACCCUGGCGCGGGCGAGCCAGAUGCGGACUCCAUCCCUGGCGCCUCAAAUUCGGUGCCAGAGGCCUGGGCAGGGCAGGACAGUGGCCCCGAGGCCAAGCCCCGCGCUAUGGUGGCGUGGGCUGAGACUUGUGAGACGGAGGCCAAGCCAGCAGCAAGCCCGGCUCCCAGCCCGGCACCGGCACAGGAGGUUUGCGGCAGCGAGGCCCCCGCACAGGCUGCGGUGCAGGCACAGGCCCCCGCAGAGGAGGAGCCCGUCCUCACCCCACACUUGGCCGCCAGCCCCCCAGCAGUCCCACGGGUGAAGGCCGUGGACUCGGGGCUGGAGGAGGCCAUCAGCCUCCUGGCCUCAGCCCUGGAUGACUAUCGGGGACAGUUCCCGGAGCUGCAGCCCCUGGAACGGGAGCUCAAACACCUGGAGGAGAUCCUGCUGCACAAGCAGGGUGUGUUCCUCAGCCGGGCCUCAAGCAUCAGCCUCACGGUGGAGCACGCUCUGGAGAGCUUCAGCUUCCUCAACACCUCUGACAUGGAGGACUCGGAGGGCUCCGAGGAGGAUGCUCUCCAGGAUGAGAGGAGGGCCAGCAGAGCCCGGCGUGGGAGCAGGGCCCCCAGCGCUGGUGAGGUGGGAGCAGAUGACGCCGGGACAUGCAGUGGCUCCGACGGCAGUGCUGACCCCAUGAGCACCGGCAAUGAGUUCCUGGAUAAGGCCCUGGUGCUUCACCUCCACAACUGCAACCGCCUGCUGCUGAAGCUGGGCACCUUUGGGCCCCUGCGGUGCCACGAGAUGUACGCCCUGGACAGGCUGCUGCGGGAGGCGCAGGUGCUGGAGAUCGUGUGCCAGCUGACGGAGGAGCGACUGGAAGCAGCCACCUCUGCUGCCGGAGUGGUGCAGUUCUCGACGCGGAAGGAAGGGGUGCUGCCCCUCUGGGACCGCUGCGUGGAGCUGCCCAACGUCUACACCUGCCCCGUGGAGCGGUUCCUGCAGGUGCUCGGCGCCCAGUACGCAGCGCCCAUCAACGAGCGGCACCCAGGGCUGGCUGAUGCGGUGUGUGUGAAGCUGGUGGAGGACGUGCUGAAUCGGCGGCUGCCCCGGCGGCCCGGCGGCACCCAAGGCGAGCAGGUCACCAUCUUCCAGUACUGGAGCCACUUUGAGUCCCUCGGUGCCCUGGUGCUUGACACCUACGUGAUGGAGCUGGCGGAGGAAGUGCUGCUGGCGCAGAACCUCAACUCUGACGACCAGGACGUGGUGCUUCGGGCGCUGAAGCGUGUGCCCGAAGGCCGCCUGAAGAAGGAAGGGCUGAAGGCGCUGAGCCUGCUCCUCGUGGAGGGCAACAGCAAGGUGGUGAGCGCCGUGUCGGCCCAGCUCCGCAGCCUGGCGGAAAACCCCCGCUUCCGCCAGCGGGCCCUUGUGUGCUACCUGGACCAGCUGGAGGAUGAGGAGGUGCAGACGCGCGUGGCCGGGUGCGCGGCGCUGGGCUGCCUCAAGGCCAAGGAGAGCAUCGAGCAGCUGGUUUACCUGUGCCAAACCGACAAGGAGCCCGUGCGGGAGGCAGCCAAGCAGAGCCUGAUGCUGUGCGGGGAAGACGGCAAGUCAGCUCACCGGCGGCUGGAGGAGACCCUGGACAGCCUCCCGAGGAUCUUCGCGCCAGCCAGCAUGGCCAGUACAGCUUUCUGAGACGCCGCACGAAGCCACCCGCCAUCCCUCGAGGGCAAAGGCACCACUGGGCUACCUGGGCUUGCACGGACUGGGCCCAGCCAGGAGCCAGCAGCCCCCAGCUCGCGGCAGCACAGCGCAGUAUUACCCCCGCCGGCAGCUGGCCGCGGCCGCACACUGCCUUACGGAGCACCGCUUCCCCUGCCCCCAGACGCUGGCCGUGCGGGGUGCCACGUACGCACCCCCAGGCGAGGAGGGGGGGGGGGGCUCGCCGCACGUCCCACCCUUCGAUUGCUAUUUAAAAUGCACGGGGAAACCGCCCUUCCUGCCCUGCCGCCGGGAUCGGGGCGGCAGGGAGACGUACUGGAUUUCUCUGCCUCCUGCCUUCCCGUGGCGGGGGCACGUGCCCUCUCCCGGCAGGACCUGCACUUUGGAAACGACGCCGUUUCUUUCCAGGAGUCGCCUGGGCUGUGGGGACUGCCGCCCUUUGCCGCCUGGAAGUCCCCAGGACUUAAAUAAAAUGAAAUAUGAGAUAUUAAUAUAUUCUGCUGGCGUUUCUUCUUUCCAGCUCCACGUGCUCCUGUCCCUCCCCAGUGGUGGCUGCAGGGAGUGUAACGAGAUAACGGCCCCAGCCCAGAGCCCUUCCUGCCCUGCUGGGAAGCGCUGUGGAGGGCAGGGGCAGGAGGAGUGACAGAGGGACAGACGGACGGACGGACAGAAGCUGCCACCUUUUUUUUUUGGUUUUAUUUUAUUUUUUAUUUACAGAUUUUUGCAGAAAAACGAAAGCAAAAAAUUCUUUUCUAUAAUGUCUCUAUAAAUCUAUAUAUAAUGUAAUUACAGAGAAUGACUAAUUUUGAUUUUAAACCAGAAAUAAAAACAAACCUUUAAUGAGC